AUGUCGUUCAACUUCGGCCUGCAAAACGCCAAUCAGGGCUCCGGCCUGACUUUCGGCAACACUGGAUCCAACAGCAAUUCCGGCACAGGCUUCAGUUUCGGGGGCAACUCGGCCUUUGGUUCGCUGAACCAGAAUCAACAAAACCAAGGUCAGCAGAGUCAGACACAGAGCUCGGGCUUUGGCUCUCUGAAUACGCAACCUGGCCAAUCAGGAUCAUCGGCUUUCGGCUCAGGUGGUCUUUUUGGCUCCAACAACAACAAUAACACCAACACAGGUUCAGGUGGUUUUGGUCAACUGACACAAGGAUCCCUGGCUUUCGGCGCUAAGCCCGCUGAGGGAAGUAAACCCGCUUUCAGUUUUGGCCAGAACUCUAAUUCGGGUACCACGGGCUCGGGCUUUGGAGCCAGCACUGGCUCAGCCUUUGGCUCAGGAUCUGGUUCAGGUUCCACAGGUGGAUUAUUCGGACAAUCCUCAUCUACAACACCAGCAUCAGGUGGUUCCUUCGGUGCCAAGCCGGAAGAGAAGAAGGAUCAGGCUAACACUGCCUCCUCAGGUGGUCUUUUUGGCGGUGAUGCUCAAAAACCAUCUGGAGGUCUUUUUGGCCAAUCCAGCACGAACACCAACACUGCAGGCUCCACCAACUCAGGUUCAGGCGGCCUUUUCGGUCAAAGCGCCAACAAGGAGCAGCUGAGCUCCACACCUGCUUUUGGCUCCAGCAACUCUACAACUAGCUCGGCUCCAGCUUUCUCGUUCGGUGCUAAGAAAGACGAAAGCGCUGAGGCCAAACCUACUGGAGGUCUUUUUGGCGGUCAAGCAUCAUCGUCCGGCGGCGGUCUUUUCGGUCUGCAAGAGAAGAAGGAGUCCAGUGCCCCAGCUUUCAGUUUCGGUGGAAACACUGCUUCCAAACCUACUACUCCAGCUCCAAGUGGAGGAAGCACAGAGGCAGCCAAGCCUGCUUUCAGCUUCGGUGAGGAAAAGAAAGAAGGCGGGCUCUUUGGCGCAAAACCAGAGGAGAAGAAAGAGGGUGGCCUUUUUGGCGCUAAGCCAGCAGAAAAUAAGACUGGCGGCCUUUUUGGAGCCAAACCCGAGGAGAAGAAGGAAGGUGGCCUUUUUGGAGCCAAGCCGGAGGAGAAAAAAGAAGGUGGUCUCUUUGGAGCAAAGCCAGCAGAGAACAAGGCCGGUGGUCUUUUCGGUUCCAAGCCUGAAGAAAAGAAGGACGGUGCUCCAGCAUUCAGUUUUGGUGCUAAGCCCGAGGAAAAGAAGGAGGGAGCACCAGCAUUUAGCUUUGGCGCCAAGCCCGCUGAGAAGAAGGAAUCUGCCCCAGCCUUUUCGUUCGGCGCCAAACCAGCCGAGAAGAAAGACGACAAGCCUAGUCUUUUUGGCUCCAAGCCCGAGGAGAAGAAGGAUGACAAGCCCAGCCUUUUCGGCGCCAAACCUGAGGAGAAGAAGGACGAUAAACCAGCAUUUUCUCUUGGUGGUGCUGCCACUGGCGCUGCUAAGCCGGCAUUGAGCUUUGGAAGCAAACCCGAAGAAAAGAAGGACGAGAAGAAGGAAGACAAGCCAAACGGCGGUUUUUCGUUUGGUAAACCAGCCGAAAACAAGCCAGCUGCUGGUGGUCUUUUUGGUGCCAAGCCCGAAGAAAAGAAAGCUGACGGUACUGUCGCUACUCAAGACAACAAAACCGAAGACCAGAAAAAUGUGCUGGCCUCUCAAGGUCCUACCCUUAAGCCAACAAAGAUAGAGCCCAUCCCUGUCUCGCUAGACAAUCAAACGAUGGAUGAUUUGAUCACCAAGUGGUCUAAAAAAUUGUCACAGACGACAUCGAUUUUCGAGACAUACACGGAUAAGGUCAACGACUGGGAUGUGGAGCUUGCUAAGAGCGCAGACGAAAUCUCUAAAUUGCACAGGGACUCGACUGAGGUGGAGACGUUGCAGCAGAAGAUUGAUAAGCAAUUGUUCUUUGUUGAGAGCCAGCAGGACGAGCUCGACAAGGUGUUGGACAACUACGAGCAGCAGGCCGAUCUCUUGCUAAGAAACAUCGACUUGAACAACUACGAAGCCAACAGCGGCACCCUUACGACCACAGGAGGUUCCGGCAAUGUGUCUGCAUCAUCCACAAAUGCCACGGACCAAUUGAGAGAAAAGGCCUACCAGAAUGCUGAAUUGCUAGACGAGAGAUUGGACAGUUUGGGUGGAAACUUGGAGACGUUGAUCGGCGACAUCAACGGCGUGAGCGACGUUUUCAACAAGUCGUUGGUCAAGAGCAUUGGCUCCAGAGGCGGCCAGGGCGAAGAGGCUUCGAUCGAGCUGAUCAUGAAAUUGUUGAACAUCCAUCUCGAGAACUUGAAGUACAUCGAAACCACAAAAGACACGCUCGAGCUGAAGUUGACACAGGUCAAGCACACGCAAAGAAGGUGA